GUCUAUGAAAGUGGCCGUCGGUGAGGCAUUCGACACUACGUGCCUCUCGAGCCGUCCAUUCGUUCGUCAUGUACGGCGUCAAUGCCAGGAGGCAUGCUCAGCUGCAAAAACACGCGCCACCGUAGCGGCUUAUCGAAGGGGCCUGCUGAAAUGGAGAACGUCUCCUCGAAUGCGACGGCGCCGGGAACGUGCAAGGCGGACGUCGAAGCCUCGUACCCUCGCGACCUGUCCUACGUGGCGGGCGCCUGCUGCACUCUGUUCGUGCUCUUGGGCGUGCCGGGCAACCUGCUCACGCUGGUGUCGCUGGGCCGAAGCCGGCGGUUGCGCGGCCCGACCACGGCGUUCGUGCUGAGCUUGUGCUGUGCCGACUUGCUCUUCUGCGCCAUCAACCUGCCACUGACGGCCACGCGCUACUUCCGCCGCUGCUGGAUGUUCGGCGAUGACAUGUGCGUCGUGUUCGGCUUCUUCUUCUACGGCAACGUGGCUACCUCCAUAUUCUCGAUGACGGGCAUCUCAGUCAGCAGGGCUGUGCUGGUAGACUCGCGUCUUCGGCACGACCGCCUGUUCUCCGGGCGGCGCACGCUGGUGGCGGUCGUUUCAUGCUGGCUGCUCGGUUUCGGCUUGCUGGUUCCCGUGCUCCUCGGCUGGUGGGGCCGCUUCGGUCUGCACAAGCCGACGUUCUCGUGCACCGUGCUCAGCAAAGACGGCCGCUCGCCCAAGAGGUUCCUGUUCGCCUUGGCCUUCCUGAUACCCUGCAUGGGAAUCAUAGCGUCAUACGGGCGCAUUUACUACAAGAUUCAGCGCAGUUCGCGCAGGCUUGCUUCCUACAGCGGCAUGACGAGGAUGCGUAGCCCGUCCUCGCACCACCGGGAGGAAGAAAUGAGGGUCACCCGACUGAUGGCGAUUAUCUUCGCACUCUUCCUCCUCUGCUUCCUGCCGUUGCUCGUGGCCAACCUGCUUGAGACGCAGCUUACAACACCGUGGGUCCACGUGACGGCUUCCAUUCUCUCCUGGAUGUCCUGCUGCAUAAAUCCCGUCGUGUACGCAGUCAUGAACAGGCAGUACCGAAGCACUUACUUGGCACUUCUGUGCCCCAAAAGAGCCAGAGAACAACACUUACGACACACAAUCUGCCGAAGCCUUAAAAGCACCGCAGUAUGAUUAUCACGUGACUUAGUAGCGCGGCCAACAGGAUGAAAGUACGAGAGCUUUUUUGCUGUUCUCGUCUUUGUAAAUAAUCAUGCUUAAAAGCACGUGCAAGGCAUAGAAUGCACGAAAUGUGGUAAUAAAGCAAACAUGUAGUACAUAAGGUGCCGCUUGUGUGC